AUGCAACCUCAAGGGGAAGUCACUAAUGCUGAAUUUCGUGAGGCUAUUCGAAUGCUAAGCAAAGCGGUGACUAUACAAGUCAGGAAACAACGGGGAGAUGGACAAGAUAUGGCUCACACUUUGAGAAUUUGGGAUUUCUUGAGGAUGAAGACCACAAGUUUCACUAGUUUGACUACUACUGAGGAUCCGGAGAACUUUGUGGAAGAGUUGAAGAAGGAACUGAAGGAAGCAAAGGUACAGGAGUUCCUUACUCUGACACAAGACUCAUUGUCAGUUUAUGAAUAUGCUUUAAAGUUCACCCAACUGUCUCACUAUGCUCCUGAGAUUGUUAAGAAUAUGAGAAACAAAAUGAGCUUGUUUGUUGGUGUCUUAGGCCGUGCAUCAAGCAAAGAAGGCUCCGCAGUUUGUUACAAGUGCGGUCUGACCGGGAAUUUAAUGAGAGAGUGGCCAAAAAGCAAUCAAGCUGGUGGUAAUGGGUGCAAUAGAGAUCAGUCUUCAUCAGCUGCUCCAUCAAACAUGGUCGCACCUAAGGGAGUUAAUUUUGGUGAUGACGGAGGAACAAAGCAUUUGUAUGCUCUCAAUAAUUUCAAAGAAUAA